GCCGUUGAUGGUGCUAUCGCUACAACCUUUUGUAUGGGUGUUGUUAAACCCCCAGUCACAGGGCUUGGUGGUCCAUUGUCGGUAGCAGUGCCGGGCCUUGUACGAGGACUAUGGAAAGCAUUUACAAAGUUUGGGUCGGGGCAAGUGACAUGGAAUGACCUCUUGGCACCGUCCAUAAAACUAUGCAAAGACGGCAUUGUCGUCACAGACGAAUUGGAAAAAGAUAUACGAUUGGCUGUUGAUUUGUUUCAAAAUGCUGGAAAGGAAUAUCGUAUGGAAGCACCUUUCCAUAAUAAAGCUGAAGGAAGACUUUAUAAAGCAAGAGACAUAAUGUUUAGACCAAAACUUGGAGCAUCUCUACAGAAAAUAGCUGCUGACUCAUUAAGCUUGGAUAGAACAAUUGCAAACGAAAUCCAGAUGAUGGGUGGAAUCAUAACAGAACAAGAUUUAAAAAGCUACAAUGCCAUUGUAAAGGAUCCACUGGUGACACAGCUCCAAAAUGGAGAUCUCAGAGUGUAUGGUGUCCCUCCGCCAUCAAGUAGUGCCGUCCUGCAAUAUAUAUUGAAUAUUUUAGAUGGAUAUAACUUUGACAGCACUGGCUGCUCUAAAAAUGAGUUCGAAAGUGACUCUCGAACGGUUCCUUGCCACCACCGAAUUAUAGAGAGUUUUAAAUGGGCAUAUGCAAAGCGAGCAAAAUUAGAUUCUUUGAGAAAUGCUAUCACUGAGAACAGCCGCACAGACCAGAGCUAAAAUAUUCGAUGACCAGACCUUUAAUGUUUCGUACUAUGGAGAAACGUUCUAUGACAGACUUACUAAAGGAACUGCUCAUACUUCUAUAGUUGAUAAAAAUGGUGGCAUAGCAGCCUUCACAUCAUCUCUCAAUUUU